CGCCAGUAUCCGUAAAUUCUCUACUAUCACGGCGACUGACGUACAGCAAGAUCAAGCCAUCUGAUCCACGUCAAUUAAAAUGGCAAAGAAGGCCAAGGCUCGCCUGGUGCAUGCGCGCCUCGUCUCCAUGGCCAUGACCGGCUUCUUCUAUACCUUCAAGCGUCCCAGAACCGCACCCAUGAUGAGCAUGUUAAAAUACGAUCCCAUCGUGCGUAAGAAGGUGUUGUUCCUCGAAACCAAAAAGAGGAAGUGAAAGCCGCCCAACCUCGCUCCAUCAUACCUUAUUCGAUACAAGAACCCAACAAUCGAGUUUCUUGCGUGAGCUCGACUUGGCUCUUUAACUGCAAGCCACGACGUACGCGCCAUGUAACACUACACUAAAGAGCAUCACUGGAGUUUUGGGCAUCAGGAUCCUCCCUCUUCGAAAUGCGACUAUACAUGUACAACAUAGACCACAAUAUCGUCCUGAUGAUAUGGCUGCAUUCGUAUGCCACUAAAUUUAACGACCAGACUAUCAUAUUACUGUGCCUGCCUUGUGUGCGAGCUCUGUCUAGGUAUUUGGGUACAAAUGAUAAGGUGCAAAUUGUUGUUCCAUCCACUAUUUACACAUUGUCUUUUUCAGAUCGCCAGAUGCCUACCAUAAUUCUUCUA